AUGCCACGGAAAAACGCCGUCAAGGCAAAGCCUCUUGACGAAGCCCUCGACAUUCCAGUGGGCUAUGAGGAGCAGUUCGCGGGCUUGCGGUCUGCUGCCCGGGUGGAGCUCGCGAAGAUGUCGAGGGACCUCGGGCUGCCUGUUGAGGGCACGCAGCAGCAGAUGGCGCUGCAGCUUGUUCAAGCUCUUGCAGCUGCCAAGGCAGUGCCGCUCGCAUCCGAUGACAGGUGGCGGACGGUCGCUGUGGAGUCGGACCUGCCCAAAGAAGAGGCGGCUUCGUCAACCUCUCCUGUACACUGCGAUGCACCGUCCUCGGUUCCAGAGCGUACGCCCUCAAAGCGAAUCCGAUCGAAGCGCGCAGCCGAGGGCCACGGCGGCCACGGCUCGCCCAAUAUCGCGGGCUCCCAGAGAAGCGGAAGCCCAGCAAUGCAGGGCUUGCCGAAGCUCCAGCGGACAGGGGCAUCAGAGAACUUGGGUGCCGGACCAGUCGAACCAGACGAAGGAUGCGUGGGCGCUGCAGACGAGCGCGCUGCUCCUGCACAGCAGGCCUGCGAACCUGGCAGCCCAGAAGCAAGAAGGAAAGGGCGUAAAGCCAAACACCCGAAUGCGGCUGAAGGCGCACCUUCGCCACGCAAAGGGAGAAGGAGCGAUACGCCGCUUGGGAGUGUGGAGGUUCCAGCCGAACGCACUCUAUCUCCUCCACCCAGACAGGCAGCUGCGGAAGUUCCACCAGCGGAUCAUGGCCAGGUGGAGGCCACGGCCUUGGAGAAUCUGGACGGCAGUCUGGAGGCUGACCUCCUCGCAGAGGAGCCGGUGUUGCAGGGACCCGGUGUGCUGGCCGUCUCUGUGCCAACAGAGGCAGUGCCCAGGAUCCAGGAGUGCCUGGGUCACCUCCGAUGCAUUGCCGAGGUUGAGGCGGAGAUCUUCCCGGCAAAUGUCGGGCAGACGGAGUGGGAGGGCGAGGUUCCCAGAUACUUGGAGAUCGCCUGCCCGAAUGGCCAGCGCGUGUGUGCUGGGAAGUACAGGCGCCUCGCCAGAAAGACGGUGAACAGCCAGCCCAUUUGGAAGAAGGUCGAUGCCAAUCGAUGGGUCUACAGCGGCACAGAUAGCACGUGGCUGGUGGGUGGAGUGAAGCAGCGAGACAUGGAUUUCGUGUGCCGCUCCGGCCUGCUGCACCAGGCCAAAGUCCACGGGGGACACCUGCCACACAGGCUCGAACCAGGUGGCUGGCGACGUGUGGACGGGAGCGGCUGGGUCCAGGACCCAGACAUCUCAAUUACCGCCUCCCCGGUGAUGCAGCCAGGUGCUCCGGUCGUGGUGGUUGCGGGGCUACGAGAGGGUCGCUUUGGGCGAGUUGUCAGCAGGAGGGAGGAGUCGGAAACAGGCGCUGUCUUCUGGACAACUCGCUUCUCAGACGGCGAGGAGGAGCUCGGCGAUGAGCAGCUGGAAGUUCGAGAGCUCCAGGCUGGAGAGGUCUGGCUGUCCGUGGCGGGGGCUCCUGCGCCCGCGAGGGCCGCCUUGGUGGCGGAGGCCCUCGCCGGAACUUUGCUCAGCCGGCCAAUAGCUUCCGAGUCACCCGAGGUGGAACAAGCGGCUACAGACAUCCUGCUAUCAGAAGAGCUUCUGGAGAAAGGACAAGCUGAGCUUCGCAGGCUCAUGGAGAAGCACCAGGUGAUCUUCGGCUUCCUGAAGUCAGGAUCCGAAACCAGGAAUUCUGGCGCUCCUGCAGCUCAGCGAGGGCUUGGAGCCUCUUGCCUGCGAACCCCCGUCUACGGCGGCGAAGCGGCCUUGGCCCGAUAUCUCCGGGUCCUCCCGCGCUGCCUCGAGGUCCUCUCCUCGCACGUGGGACUCGUGAGCCUCCUUGUCGGGCCUCUCCCUGCUCGUCGGGUCGGCCAACGAUUCCUCAAGAUGGUACAGAUGUGGGCACCGGAGGUGCCCCACGAGCUUGAAGCUUUCGCGGCCAGCAUUAGGGUCCCACAUGCUGCGGCGGAGGCUGUCGAGAAAGAGCUGGAAAGCUUAGAAGCCGAGUUUGGGGUGUCGGCGGUUUGGUGCAAGCAAACCGAUUCCCAGACCGACAGCCAGAAACUGAAAGCCGAGCUGGAGAUGGACGAGGAGGUCAGGCCCGGAGUAGAAGUCCGUGCCGUCUUUGAGGACGGCGACUGGUACGACGCGACGGUCACAGAUGUCGACGCAUUGGGCGGGAAGGUGGAGGUUCGCUGGAGUUGUGAUUCCAGUACGUCAAGGAUUCCCCGGCAGGAUGUGAAGCCCAAGCCCUCUGCGGAGUCAAAGAGAAGGCAAAAGCAUGAGCAUUGGCUCGCCUCGGCUUGGCGAAUGGCGGUAUUCGGACCCUUGCGAGAGCGGAAGAUUGUGGUUGUCAAGAUCGCGACCAUUGUCGAGGAGCAGUGUCCUGGCCUGUGGACCACUGAGCUCCUUCGAACUACGGAGGAGCUCAGAGGAAGCGUUGGCGAGGACACUUCCAUUGAUAUCAAUGUGAUUCCGCUGUCCACUCAAGGUGCAGGGGCGCUCCUGCAUCAUCUCAAGAAGCAGCUGAAGGAAGCCGUGCGCCGAGCGAGCACGGCCGCAGGAUGCCACAUAGAGCUUCUUCGUCGAUGGGCCCUUUUGAUGGUUGGCGCAUCGGAGGAGCGCAGCCGAGGCAAAGAUUACUUGGAAUGGUUGGCAUCCGAGGAGCGUGAGCGCAGUCAGGUAGCUCCAGCAACAACGACUUCGGCGAUCGGGCAGGAUGCCGUGCGCUGGACCGACAGCGACGGGGACCAGUUGCUUCUGCGAUUGGGCGAGCGGCGAUGCCUGGACUUCUUCAUGAAUGGAGUCUGCAAGGUCCGAGACAUCACCACCCUUGCCACUGAGGGCGACACCCUACGCCUGCGUGGCACGGGUGCUGAUGGUGCGACCACACGUUGCGUGGAGCGGCCUGUCGAUGAGGAGGCGGCGAGCCACGCAGUGACACUGUUCGACCGCAGCGUGCGGGCCCGCUCAAGCUCGGGCUCCCGAAGCGACGUCGACGUUGUCGAGACUACGUGCUCACAAGCAGUCUGGUUAGAACCAGUGGAGCUGCGAACUUUGGAGAAGAAGACCAAGACGAUUGUGGUCAUGCCAGAGGGCUGUGGCAGCAAGAGCGACUGGCGGCCAGACGCAACGUGCAAGAUCCUGGUCUGCGGCAGAGACCCUGCCGGCCGCGCCGACGCCGUGGCCAAGCUCCGGGACCUGGUAGAAGCCGCCAAAGCUCACCAAAGCAGUGAAGCGGAGGCUGCCAAGCCUCCUGCGAAAGACACCAAAUUUUCCGAGGAUCCUUCAGAGAAGCAAGCUCCAUCGGAGCCGGCUCCGGAUCUGCAGCAGGUGCCGGCAGAGACUCCACACCAGAUGCCCGAGAAUCCGGAAGGUCUGGCAACCCGGAGCAACCCGCUCCAAGAGCUGCGGGCACUGCCUUGGCCCAAGGACAACCAAACUUGGCAAGCCUUGCAGGAACGGGUGUUUUGGGGCCAUCCACCGCUGCCACGAGGUUGGAUCCGGAUAUGGUCGCGCAAGCAGGACAAGGAGUACUACCUCCGUGUGACUGACGGCAAGACCACCUUUAACAUUGCUGACACGGGCUUCCGAAUCUCAGCGUCUUGA